CAAUUCAUGUAUUAGUCUCAAUCACUGAGUCUAUUUUCCAAGAGCUCGGCCACGAAGACAACAGCUUCGCGGUAUCAGUUAGAGUUGACAACCUCUUUGGCAAUGGGAGUAUAUCAUUAUCAAACACGUCCUUUCUCAACAACGAAAAUUCUGUCUUUGUCCAUGGUGGACUUGGCCUGAAUUUCACUAACGUGACGGUGAAUUCCACAUACGGGUAUGCCAUUAUGGCCAGUGCUCCCCCUAAAACAUUAAUCAAAGCGCCAGGUGUGAGGGUUUUUCUCGAAAAGUGCAUCCUAGUGAACAACCGGAUUGGCAUAAGGAUGUCAACGACUACUUGUUUAGAUAAUACGGCUCGGUAUUGUUCAACCGGUGACCAAACGCUUGUUGUAAGGAACAGUCUUUUUCUCGGAGGUAAAGAAACAUUAGGCACUGGUGAUGCAAUCAGAUUUGGAAUGAGUUUCCCUAAACGGAACUAUAGCCGUGCGGUGCUGAAACCAAGCAAAGAAGAAGUAUAUUUGUCACCCGAUUUUGAAGCAAAACUACUUCUUGAAAACGUUACUUUUCAGGGAUUACAUGACUGUGCACUGUCAGUUACUAUUGAAAAGAAUGUGAGUGGACUGAUUUCGGUGAAAAACUGCAGAUUUCUUAACAACAAUCAGUUUGUGAAUCGACUUGACGAACGAGCAAUUGUCCAAAUUGAGUUCACGAAAGCCUAUCCACCCUUAUGUCCGCAUAAAAGAAAAGGACACGAAAGUGAGAAAUUUAUGUGGAACAAAACGUUUGAGUUACCCGUACUUUUUGAAGAUAGCCACUUUGAAAACAACGUGGGUAUCGCUGGAACUUUGAACUUUUUAAAUGGGAAUGUCACGUUGAACAACUGCACCUUUACCAACAAUGAAGGAGUAGCUCUGGGAGGCCACGUGUACCAGAAGACGGGUUUUGGAAUUCUAAACAUCCUUAAUUGCAGUUUCCACCAAACAAGUUUGAAGGAACGUAACCGUGGAUCGAGAACUGGUUGCUUUCUUCUAUCUGAGAGCGCUGGUCAAAUGAAAAUUAAACAAUCCUCCUUUACAGCUGAUGAAAAUAGGGAAUUCGAUCCAAUCUUUGCAGUUACGAAAAGCAAUUCCAUAAUGAUCGAUAACUCAUCCUCCUUUCUAUGUCCAAGCGGAAGGAAAAUCACUCUGGAGAAAAUCACCGAAGAAGAUGGAUUUGAACUAGUGAAGGGAAGUGAAACCUGCUGGAUGAGCGUGCAGUAUGUCAAAUUACUUUGUCAAGAAUGUCCGGAUGGUUUCUACAGCUUAAAGAGAGGGUGGGCCAGUGGCUUCCAUAUUCACGAGGAAACAAAGUGCAUCAAGUGUCCUUACGGAGCAAAAUGUGAGCAUGGAAAAGUUUUGGCUCAAGAAAACUUUUGGGGCUCCAAAAUUAACACAACCUCAUCCACUCUGCAAUUCAUUCCAUGUCCAUUGGAAUACUGCAAAACUCCAGCACAUCCAAACGCCUACGCGUACAAUGGUUGUUAUGGUAAAAGGACAGGUGUAUUAUGUGGCAAAUGUGCUGAGGGAUACAGUGAAGCCUUGUAUUCCACGUCAUGCAAAAAGAAAGAAAAGUGCCAUGAUCACUGGUUUUGGUUGGCGAGCCUGCUGUACGUACUACUAUUUGCACUGUACCUAGUUUUCAAGCCUCCUGUCUUCCCGUGGUUGUAUCGGCAAGGUAUGUGGUUCAAGAGGACACCCAAUUCUGACUGCAGACAGGAUGCUCCAAAUAGAGGCAGCAGUGGUAAACACGAUGCUGGGUAUCUGAAGAUCAUCUUCUACUUUUAUCAAGUUGCCGAAAUACUGACGAUUACGUCUACUGAGACAACUGCUCGCGUAAUUCCCAUUAUUACAACACUCGUUGCUCUGUUUAAUUUCCAGGUGAGGACUCUUAAAGGCAGCAUUGGAUGCCCAUUCCCUGGCUUCAAUGUAGUCACCAAGGAGCUGUUUUUGACCUUGAAGUUCCUGGCGACCUUGCUCUCCAUUGCCAUGAUUUACGCCAUCCAUCGAGUCAUAAGCAGGUUUCGCCCCAUUCCAAAGCCCUCGCUGAAACUAUACCUGGCUGUUGUGCUGGAGGCCCUGUUACUUGGAUACAAGACUCUUGCCGAUACAUCCCUUAAGCUUAUGCACUGUGUUCCGGUAGAGCUGAAGUGGCGUCUGUUCAUAGAUGGUAACAUUCAGUGCUGGCAGUGGUGGCAGUACAUGCAAAUUGUCUUUAUCUUGGCAUUCAUAAUUCCCCUGGUUCUCGUCCUCUUCUGGGGAUCGCUGAUGCUUUCCAAAGACAAAUUGUCCACCAAAGAGUUCUUGAUAGCGUGUGCAUUCCCUCUGCCCUUUCUUUUAAUCUGGUGGUUUCGUUGCUGCAAGAGAAAGGUAAAUACAAACCAGUAUGACCUCAUUCUAGGCAACUUUAAAGAUACCGAAGACAUAAAGAAAGUUCUCCAUGAACCAUUCCGUCCAGCUGCUGAAGGUGGCCAUGGUACUUUGUACUGGGAAAGCGUUCUGAUUGGCCGAAGGUUUCUUCUUCUAACCAUUAGUACCUUCAUCACCGAUCCUUUGACACGAUUCGUCUGUUUAGGAAUUGCAUGUGUUCUGAUUUUGGUGCAUCAUCUCCUAAUGAAGCCAUUCCGCAACCGAAAAGCCAACAUCUUUGAAAGUCUGUCUCUUGUGAGUUUGGUUGCUAUCUGCACGUUUAACUUAGCAAAAGUCACCUUUAUCGCCCAGGGACUAGAGCCUACUGGACCCAAACAAACCCUUUUCUCUUAUCCAAGUGUCAUCAGUUUGACAUUUAGUUGAUGAUAGAGUGUGACUGAUUUGAUCUAGAAUUAUAGAUAGGAGCGUUUAUCCAAUAGCUUGAGUGGAAGGAUUCUUAUUGGAACUUUUACGAAAAAGUGGCUUUACAAAACACUGCCUAAGACAGUAUCUUAGUUAAGGCUAAUUAAAAACUCUAAGGGCUGAUACAUAUGCUUUUAAAAGAAACGAAAACGAGCUUUUCAUUAAGCUUGGCUGUCGUAUCAUCAACAUGAAAGCAAUGGGAAAAUUUUUUUAUCUGCCUAGAUACACAGACAUUUAUAUAAUCGAAUUGCAUUCAGUUCUUUUCUGUCAGAGGUUAGCUCAUAGAUUUUGUUUGUUGUUAGAUCGUGGUUAAAGGUAACUUGUCGAUUAAUGUAAGCUUUAUUUUUUCAGAGGUGUAUUUUACGGGCAUUAAACAAGGAAAGUUUAGGUCAUAAACCUCCAAAGUUCAUGCAUGUUGCACCCCUAGGCUGUCUGAGGGAAUUUGGUAAUAUUUCCAACAGUUUGUUGUGUUUUCUUUUUAUUAGUGGUAGUUACUCGUGUAUACAAAAUUUACGCACACGUCUAUACAUGUAGAAACCUCAAUCCUGGGGAAAGCCCUCGCGGGAAGCAUGAAAGUUAAGUUUUUUCUGUAGGGUACCUCAGUCAUAUCAAAGUAACAACUCUGCAGUUAUGUGAGAAUCUCCUUCUCCAGCUUAUUCUGGAGUAUAGCUGGUGACCAAUAAUUUCAUAUUUUCCUUGUAUUCAAGUUGAUUGCAAGUUUAAAGCACAACUCGGCAGUGAAAUAUUCAGUAUCCUCGUCAAUAAGACGUAUGGAUAAGCUCAGCCAAUUUUUAUACAUAGAGGUGUCGCAAAAGAGGGGUCUCAUUGUAUUCGAUUGCAAGUUUAGAGCACUACUCGGCAAUGAUCGAAAUAUUUAGUAUCCUUGUCAAUGAGACGCAUGGAUAAGCUUAACCAAUUUUUAUGUACUUACUCCUUGUGGUUUUCCUGGCAUGGGUUUGAUAGAAAUCCAAAUUUUUGACAAAUUUUUUUUUUACAGUAGGUGUGAUCAAUCAGUUGACAAGCUGUAGAGAAUUUUAUUCAAGAAACAGUUGAAAGCUUCCAUUUUGCUGUUUAAUAAAGUUUACUUUUUACUGCUA